AUGAAAAGGUUCCUUUUAAAAAUAAAGGCAUUUUAUAUCAAAGACUUCUUAUCUAUCAAACAUUCUAAGAAGAUAACAUUUUAAUUGGCAGUUGUAAUGAUAUUUUUUGAAAACCUUUAAAUGAUAUCAGUAUACACACAAAGUCUGAACACCAUAUCGUACGAUGAAUUUCCAAAUUAUGCUAGAUCAUUAAUCAAUUAUUUUAAGUAAAUCACAUUUCUUAUAUAAUAGUAUAUAUACUUUAUUUGGAAACUCAAUUACUACCAGAAUUAUAUGUGUAAUGGUUGGAUUUUCAAUAAAAUCCAUAUUAUUACUAAAGAUGCUUUGCUUAGUAUCAAGCUAAGAUUUAUUUCUACAAUAAAAGUUAACUCUUCAUGACAUACCACUAGAUCAAGUAAUUAUAAGAAAAAUAUUAGAAAAAAUAAAAUUAUCAUUUUGAGGAAUGUUGGCAAUCUAACUUACUAUCUUGGUAUAUUUAGAUUAAUCUUGAGGUUUUAUAAAUACCAAUCCUAUUUUGUGCAAUUAGCCUUGUUUCUGAUCUGAUUAGUCUGAGUAUUAAAUAUUUUUAUUUAGAUAAUUUAAAUGGAUUUGAAUAUUUGGGAUUGCUAUUAAGCUUUAUACUAAUCAUAUAAUAAUUGUUAUUAGGAACACUUCUACAUUUCCAUCAGAUUGAAUAUAGAUUUAAAAAUUACCAUUUAUUAAGUAAAUAGUAAGGAUUAAAAAAUGACAUUCUAUAUAUACUGAGGCUAUUGUAAUAUAUUUUUAUUUCAUUCUAGUAUAAUAUUUUUAUCUGGAAGUUUAUCAAACACUAUUGCUAUUUAAACCUUAGGAUUAAUUAUCAAUAGUAUAUAGACUGUAUUUACUUUUAAAUAGUUAACUUAUAUUGAUCAUAGAAUAUUAAGUAUCUCCUUUAAGAUUAAUUCUUUAAUGCUUCUGUAUUAAAUUGCUUUGAUUAUAUGUGAAUUUGGAUAACAAAAAAUUAAAAUAAGUUUGUCUCUUUUAAUUUUAUUUUUUUAUCCCUUAAUUCUUUAUUUAAUAUAAUAGCUAUCUAUUCGAUAAGAAUGGAAAAAUGAUUUAAAGGAUUAAUAAUAAUUUUUAAGAAGGGUUUAUUGGAAUGUCAAAUAAUAGGUCUAAUUUAAAAAGAGAUAGUAAAAUUAGGAUUAGUAACGACUAUUUUAAAUAUAUACAAUAGUUAGAACACAUUUACAAGAAUGUAAAUAAAUGAGAAUGAGAAAAAUAUUAAAAAAUACUAGUUUCUAACAAAAAUGUUUUUGUUAAACUUUUUCUAAUCAGAAAGAUUAAAUCUAAAAUAUUGAAAAAUGUAAAGAAUUUUUGAAAUUAUUAUUGGGUUAAGAAUUAGAAGAUUAAAUAAAGGAGGAAGGUAGUAUUUAGAAAACUUUAACAUAUAUAUGCUAUUUAAAUGAUAUAAAAAAGGCACCUAUUUCAGCAAUUUAUGAAGUAAUUAGAAUAUCAACAGUUGAGAAAGUAUAUAUUAAUUUUUAUUAUAUAGCUAUCUUUGAGAUUUUAGUAAAUUAUACAUUAACUUUAAUAAAAUUCUUAAUAAAGAUUUAAUCAGUUGAUAAAAAAAUAAAAUUUAGUUAAUUAGAUUUUUGAUUUUAAAAAAGCUUGUUUAUUUGAAGAAUCAAUAAAAAUUUUAAAAUUAAAUUUCUUCCUCAUUGUCAAACAAUAAAUAGUAAUAAAUUAUAAUUAAUUUUAGGAAUUUUAUGAAGUUCUCUUUUCUCCUAUUAUAAAUGCUAAAAUUAUUGAAAAUAAAGGGUUAUCAUUAGUAACUAAUAUUAAUGAUUUAGAAAAUUAGAUUUAACUUAUUUUUAGAACAAAUCCAUAAAAUGGAGAAUGCGAUACAAUUUAUAAAUUAUUUCAAAAAUAUUUAAAUUAUAAUAAGUCAAGAACAAAAUAGUAUAGAAGGGAAGGCUCAUUAACAGCUGAAUUUAUAUAAUCAGUAGAUAAAAUUAUUUACAAUUAAAAUAGUUGUGUGGUUUAAAUUACUUUAUUAUAACCUAGAGGAAAUGUUAUUAGAUACACAAGAUCAUUUUAAUAAGUAAUAAAGUAUAAAGAUGAUGAAAUAUUGAAUUAAAAUAUUAAGAAAUUUAUACCAUCAAUUAUUGCUAAUGAUCAUGAUUAAUAUUUAAAUAAUUUUGUAGAGACUGGAAGAAUUAAUGUUUUAAAAAGAGAAUUAAGAAUAAUUUUAGUAAAAUUAAAAUCUGAAUUUGUUAUUCCAAUAAAUACUAGAUUGAGAAUUGAAGUAAAUCCUUUAGAAUUUGGAGCAUAGGCUCUUAUGACACCAGUUAAUUAAACAUAUGGUUAUUUGAUGCUUAAUGAAAAAGGAUAAAUUGAAGAAAUUACACAAAAUAUAUAUGAAGAUAUAUUUAAAUAAUAUUUAGGAUUAGAUUUAGAUUCUGUUAAAGGUUUAGAUUUCUUAUUGAUGAUUCCUGAAUUAUCAAAAAUAUGGGAGAGUUUAUUUGAUGAAAACUUUGAUAAAUUAGACUUAUAUCAAGAAGGCUAAUUGAUGAUUCCCUUAAUUGAAAAAUAAACAAUUUCACCAAUAAAUUCACCUAAUUAUGGAAACAAAUAAUUACUUAAUAAAAGACUAAUAGAAUAUAUGAAGAAGUAUUCUUAAAGUAUACUUAAAUAUUAAAUUAAUUUUCAUCUAACAAGUUUAACAACAAUAAAUUUAAGGUAAUUAUAUUUUUUAUUAUAAUAUUUAGAGUAGUUAUAGUUGAAAUUCCAGAAUAUAGAUAAACUAUUAAUAAAUAAUAUGCAAGUUAAGUUGAAUUAAUUUAAGCCAAACCUACAAAGUCAUAAAUUAACAUUACUUAUUAAACAGAAUUACUUACUCAUAAAUCACCUUUGAAUACUCCUCCGCCAUCAAAAACUUUGAUGAAUGAAUGUGAUUUAGAAUAUGAUAAUUUAAUUGAAGAAAAAAAAAUGAUUGAAGAAUUUAGGAAUUAAUUAGCUUCACUUACAAUGAAUAAUACAAUUUAAAAUACUUAUUCUAAAGAACCUAUAAUAUAAUAAUAAUAAUGCUAGAACUCUACUGAUAUUAAAAUUAUUAUGCCAUCAAAUGUUUUAUCAUACAAAAGUGAAGAGUAUGAACAAAGAUAGUUUCAAUAAGAACAUUAAAUCCAAUAGUAAUAUAAUGGAUCUGUUGGUAGUAGGUCUUCUUAAAACAACAGUAACACAAUUAGAUAACAAAUUAAAAAUUGUCUAUAAAACAAUAAAGGACUAAGUUUUAGGAUUAAGACUUUUUUAUUUAUAUUUUAUACACUAUUACUAAGUGGGUUCAUCCUAAAUUUUUGCAUUUUAUUAAUUAAUUUUUAAACAGUUGAUGCAAAUGUAAAUUUUGAAAGUUUACCUUAUUAACUCUCUUACUAUUAUAAUGAAUUUGUUAUUGCUAAGGUUUACCAAUCAUAAAAUGAGUUUGAAUUCAAUAAACUACUCGGAGUGUCAAUAAAUUAUUAUCAAUAACAUUAGAAAUAUGUUGAUGAAAUAGUAUCUCUUAUGCCUUAAAUCUAAAUUAUAAAUGAUUAAACCAUGUAAAGAAGAAUCAUAAAUCUUAUAUCUCAAAUGUCAGAAGUUUACCAUAAUAGUAAUUCAACUAUAUCUCUUGAAGAUUACUUGAAUAAUACAUAUGCUUUUCAUAUUCUAUUAGAUUAAUUUUAUGGAGCGAAUUCUCCUUUGUAAAUUUAGAGUCUACUUAAUUAGUAAUAUAAUCAUAAAUAUAUUUAGUUUCAUACUUGAGGAAAUAAUACUAUUUUUACUUUUAUUUAGCUAUGCAUAUUUUUAUGUUUCAAUUCUAAAAAUCAAAAUAAAAUUUUAUAAAUUAUUUUGUACAUUUUCUAGAGAUUUUAUUAAAGAUCAAUUUAUUUAAUUUCAUUCAUUGUAUAAUUAAAUAAAUCAUUCAAAAUUUAAAACUAAUGAAACUAAUGAAGAAUCCUUUGAAGCAUCAAUGAUUAGUCAAUUUCAGAAAAAUUCAACUUAAAGUAAUUUAGAAAGUCAAGUUAGAAUUGGUAAAUAAAUUUAAACUCCAUGUAAUUAAUCUAUAAUUAUUAUUUUUAGAAAUAAGUUUAAAUUUAUUUAUCUUUUUUUUUACAAUGCUUAUAUUCUCUGUAUUUUAUACAUUCUACUAUUUUGGAACUUAUAUGCUGUAUAAAGAAGUAAUCAAUAAUAUAGAAGACAAUAAUUGGAAAAGAAUAUAUUAUGAAAACAUAGCAAAUGAUUUAAUUUUUGCUUAUUCACAAUAAGCCUUAUAUUAUAAUUAAACUAUUAAUGAAGAAAUGAUUUAAUAUUAGAAUAAAGUCUUAAGUGAAUUUAAGUCAAGAAUUUCGUAGAUCUCAUUACCACAAGAACUAUAAAAUAUUCUAAUCGAUAGGAUAUUACUAGAUGAAGUCUGUAGUGUAUAUCAAGAAGGAAUGUAAAGAUUCAUUAUAUAUUUAGAAUUUUAUAAGAAUCUGAUUAUUAAGAUUUAUUUACAUAAGAACAAUGUUUAUCUAUACCCUCAUUAUCAAAAGGAUUAAUUUAUGCUGUAUAAGAGUUAUUUUAUAAUUACAAUGACUUUGUAGAGGAUAUCUAAUCCAAAUACUAUAAUUAAAUAUCUAAAAUUUCCUUUUUAUUGGAUGUUAACACAUAAAUCAAGAGACUAUAUUCACAAUUUAGUUUUUAAAUUAUAAUAGAAAUUUUAAGAAAAGAAAUUAAAAAUUUCAUUUCAUACACAAUUUAUUUAAAUACUUUAACUUUUAUCUUAGCAAAUUUUUUGGCAGGAAUGACAAUAUUAAUUGCAAAAUUUUCAAUUGAAAAGGCCUAUUAUCAAUAUUAAGACAAUAAAAAAAUAUUAUCGCUGUUUCCAUAUGAGAAAUUAAUGGAAAAUGCUUAUGUUAUUAAUUUUAUAGCAUAAGAUUUGAAUUUUUCAGUCUGA